UAUACAAUACCAGUCAUAGAAAAACAAUAUACCAGUCGAAACCUAACCUUCAAGCAAUCGUGAGUUGCAUCAAUCGAGCCUGACAGGCGACACGUCAUGGCUUUCGCAGGCUUGGUGGCGAAGGCCCGCAGCCUGCAAGGCUACAAGCGCAGGCUGGUGGAGGAGAAACGCGCCGCGAUGGACCACCCGAAAACCGGCGGCAGAAAAUUCAAAUUCCGCUGGAUGCGCGCGAAGAUCCAGUCGAGCUGGAGGCGCUUCGGGCGCCGCUUGGGCUACUGCUGGUGCUGCAGGCGGUCGUGCUUCAAGCUGAGGCACGCCGGCAGCCUGGAGAACUACGCGCUGAAGAGCCUGCUGGGGUUCCUCAGCGGCGUCGUGUUGACCUACGUGUUCUUCUUCGUGUUGGUGUUCCAGCUGAAGGUGCGCGUGUCGAUGGCGACGGUGAUGUGCUCGGUGAUGGGCUGCGUGUUGGUCAACGGGCUCGCGUUCAGCUCCACAGUAAGAUGUAUUGUGUUGCUCACGCUGCCGCAUUUCUUCAGCCGAAAGGGUCGAGAACUGCUCGUCGCCUACGCCAUAGCGCUGGUGCUCGCGGGGCCCGGCCAGAACAUCUUGAACAAUCUCGGCGUUCUCAACGAGUCGCUGGCGUGCGGACAAGAGCAGCUAAAGUCCGCCUUGCGGCAGAUAUUCGAGGUGAUCAAGAAGCCGUUCUACGCUAUUAGGGACGCCAUCAAGAAAGUCAUAGCCACCGUCAAAUUGGUCGUCAAGAAGAUCAAGGAGAUUUUGAUCAAAAUAAAGCGAAUCAUAAUGGCGAUAAUAAGAGUGAUCAAAUCGGCGUUCAUGUUCCUGGCGAAGAUCCUCAACGUUUGCAACAAGGAACUGGGCACGCCCUUCGAACGGUGCACCAGGGUGUUCGAGAGCGCCAUCGACGAUUGCAACGCCAAAUUGGGCCCCAUGUUCAACUGGAUGUGUUCCAUCACCUACAUAGUCCGGUCCGUCUGUUACAUCGUCAAAAUCUUCGACGUCGUUUGCGUCAUCGUCGAUUUCAUCAGCAACUCCAUCAUCGGCGUCGUCGUCAGAAAAGUGAAAACGUUCAUCCGGCACAUUCGUACGAUGUUCUACGUGCGCAUCAAGUUCUCGCAUUCGUUCCAUUACGAGAGCAAAGCUUCGAAGAGCGUGACGGAAAUCGCGAGGGAAAUCCAAGGAGAGGUGAAAAGACGAUUGAAAACUGUAACAGCGGUUUUCCAAUUGACUUUCAUAGCCGCCGGGAUGUUUAUCAUUCUAAUGUUCAUCAAAGUAGUGCUAUACAGGUACAGGUUUCUCACGCAAGACGGCUUCGACAACCGCUACGUCACGGAGGAUUUCUUCCAGUUGGACAUGCGCAGAGCGCGACACAACAGAGAAACUCUGCUGCCGCUCAACAAAAGAGAAGAGAAACUGUACGUGAAGCUCAAAUCCGGCAAGCUGACGGACGUGGAGAGCAAGAAAUUGAGGAAGGCUCUGAUGAACGUGUUCACUGUGACGCUGAAAGCGGCCCUCUACAUGGCCAACGAUUACGCGCUGUUUUGGAUCAUGGAAAUGAUCAAGUACUACGGAAGGUUCCAAUCGAAAAUACAGGCACCGAACGUACCGCUUCCUCACAUCAGCGGCAAAGGACUCCUGGCCGAUUUGCUGAGCAGCAUCGUAAAGGCCUUCCAACCGAUGGGGCUCACUCUGGAAAUCGACACGGUACCGUGCCUACCGACGCCCAUACCGCCGGAUUUCGAUAAAUACCUCCAAAUAGCCACGCUGCUGGUCCUCUGCUGGGCGAUGACCGUGCUGGAGCCCUACGGAUUGAGGUUCCGCGUGUACAUACUGACCUAUUACCACCCGACCAGGGGCAAGCAGCGCGCCAUUUGGCUGUACAACAAGAUACUGCGCAAGAGGAGCUCGUUUUUGAAGUUCGCCAGGCGCCAGUUGCGCAGGAGGUUCCUCGGCGACAAGUCCAUCGAUAAGGUCACUUGCAAGGAGUAUUUGGCCGCCAAUUUUAGGAUAUUCGCGUUGUGCUUCGACGAAUCCCACCCGGCGUGCCUGCUGUGCGGGAAAGUAUACAGAGACGAUGAUGAGAAGCCGAUCAAAUGCGCUACGCCGAAUUGCGCGGGGAUUUACUGCGAGGAAUGCUACGCGGACUUGAAGAACCUCUGCACGGUGUGCCUGUCGCCUAUAGAAUACGGAGAUUUCUCCGAUCUGAGCGAAGAAAAGGACUCGUCGGAAGAGGAAGUAGAAGUGCGAGUACGUCGAGAGAAAAAACCUUGGAGUCGAUUUCUAUCGAAAUAUUGCAAGAAAAGUACGACUUCUCGCGAAGAGGUACCUUUGGUGGCCUUAUCGGAAGCUUCUGGCGCGAAUCCUUUUCGAGGACUGAUAGAAAACGAAGAAGAUUCCGGCAAUCAAACUAACCAUUCGACGUCUACGAAUUAUUCGUAUUCUUAUCAGUACGACAAGCGAAGUUCCUCUGCGGGUUUGCCCGGAACGUCGGAGAAAGACGUGGAGAAACAAGCCAUCAUGGAUUACGCUAGUAUGGAUAAUUUUAGAGAUGGAAUAGGAGAAUCCGAUAAGGAAGAGACUACAUUGUUGUAUUACGCUCGCGAGUUUAUUGGACAAAACGAUGACAGUGAAGAAAGACGAGACGAAUUGAUCCAAACCGACGGGAUUUCGAAAGAAAAAACGAGCAAACAAACAUCGACGACUAUAAUGGAGAAGAAACCGGAGAAAAUCGAUAUUGGAACUUCUGCUCGUAGCCAAAAACGCAUCGAUUUCAUCGGCGUGGACGAUUCGAAUGGAGUUCAAAACAGGAAAAAAAUAAAAAGGAAACGCAGGAAGCGCACCGUGUUGUACAAACACGAUACAGAUUCGGAUGAUGCCGGUAUAGAAUACUGGGAGAAAACUUCGAUGAUUGCCGUGUCUAAAAGUACAGCAUCAACUAGCACUAAAAAAGAUUUUGAAAAGUGUUCGUCUAUAAUAUGUAAAUGUAAAAAAUUCGAAGAGGAAAAUACGAGCGAUAGCGUGGCGAUUUCCUCUUCCAGCGAAUUACUCACCGCCGUAGACCCGAAGGAAUGGAGGCCACGUUGUUCGAGCUGCGUACACCAAGAGAAAAGGUCCAGGUUGAGUAUGUUUUUCAAGAAAGUUAUCCCGAAGUACAAGAUUUACCACGAAAAAUGAUCCCCGAUAUUUUUAAGCAUAUAAAAUAACUGUUAAUUUAAGUUGUAGGGUUGUUAGUAAAAAAAACAAUUCGUUCACGACUCAAUUCUUUAAUUACAAAACAAGAAAAACCCUACAUGCUAAUUAAAUGUAUUCAAAACAUUCACACUUAAAAUAACUUCUUCAAUCAAUCGAUCCUUCGUUUUUUCACUAUCGAACCAAGCUGCAACAAAGUAAACAGUUUUUGAAAGUUUUACAUUGUUGUUAUGGAGUAACUAAGGAGAUUUUUUCCAAUUGACAGUUUUACAUUGUUGUUAUGGACAUGUUUACAUGGCAACAAACCAGUGUUUUAAAUAAAAGGAAAAAAACACUUACCAAAUCCGAAAUGGCGGGUAAAUUAUUAGUCUGAUCCCCGGCCCCGGUGUUUGCCUCACCGGUCGAUUUCGAUCCUUUUAUAUUCCUGUGUUGAGGAAAGCUCGGCAUCAAUUUCGGAUCGCAAGCUUAACAAAAACAAAACCAAUUAUUACCCCACCAAACACUAAACUAACAAGCUUACGUUGCGGGGCUUCCUUGAAGUAACUGCUCUGCAAGCAUUCCUCGGCCGUGGCCCUCUUCCUCGGAUCGUACAUGAACAGGAAAUUCAACAGACGCAGACCGGCCGCCGACAGCCAAGGGAACCUCUGCUUCAAAUUGUUGUAGGGCUGCUGUUUCAACGAGAAAUUCUGCAAGGCCGGCAACUGGCUGAAACCCGGCCAUAUGGCGUCCGACGGGGUACCCAAUAAAUCGACUAUAAGCUCGAGCUGUUGUAUCUCGGAGCGCCCCGGCAACAGCGGUUUGUGCCCCAACAAUUCCCCUAAUAUACAACCGGCUGCCCACAUAUCCACGCUCGUUGUUUGGGUGGGCGCUUGUAAGAGCAGCUCCGGUGCUCUGUACCAGAGGGUCACCACGUGAGGUGUCAUCGGUUUUAACGGAACUCCGAAAUACCUCGCCAGACCAAAAUCAGCUAAAAAUUUAACAAUACUUAAUUCGAUCGAUUGAACUUUGCGAAAUUUAAACCGUACCGAUUUUAACGCAACCCUUAUCAGUCAUGAGCAAGUUAGAUACUUUCAGGUCUCUGUGUACGACGAAAUUGUGGUGUAAAUACCGCAGGCCUCGCAAUACUUGCAGCAUGAUACAUUUCACCUGGGACUCGGUGAAAGGGGCUUGCAUGUUGUCCAAUAACGAGGCCAGGUCUUGCUCGCAGUACUCCAUUACGAGGAAAAUACUACAAACGAUUGUUGUUAAUAAAAGGGACGAUUUGUUGAGAUGAUUACCUUUCCAAGCUUCUACCUACGACGACUUCCUUCAGAUGCACGAUGUUCUCGUGCUUGCAAUUCAAUAGAACUUGAAUUUCUCUGAGGCUGCUUACGGGGAUGCCGUCCCGUUCGAGAUCCAUGCGUACCUUCUUUAAGGCCACGAUUUUAUCGGAUAUUUGGUCUUUGGCGCGAU